AUGAGCAAUUGGAUCAAGAUCUGGGGUGCGCAGAUCACACUUUCCAUCGCAGCCCACAAGACAGUGCGCCACCCGAAGGCACCCGAGACCGAGGUCGUCGACACUUCAAGAGCCCAAAAGCGCCCAGGACUCAAUCGAACUCGCGCGAUAUCACCACAGCGUCGGACAACACUCCGGUACAUCGCGCAUGCCAUUGGCGUCCCUGCGAGCACGCUCAAAGGCUACUACAAACGCGGUCUUAUGGUCAAGGCAAAGUGGGCCAUGGACUUCGUGCGUCCCGACAGCAACUUCCAGUUUGCCGAUAUGUACGACUUCUCGCGAAUGUACCUGCUGCCGGGUGAAGACCCUUCCCAUCGCUCCGCCCAGAGCAAGCGCUUUAUCAAGAAAGUGAUGUUCUUAUCCGCCGUGGCACGCCCAAAAUGGGACGACGACAAGGCCGAGUGCUGGAACUCCGCCCAAUCAGCGCCUGUGUACAAGAACAUGCUGAUUGAGCACGUCAUCCCUGGUAUCAAGGCCAAGUGGCCAGUGAACAGCACCCGUUGUGUCGUCAUCCAGCAAGACAACGCACGACCGCAUGUGCCAUCAUGCGACCAGACGGUAUUGGAGGCUUGCACGUCCAAUGAAAUCGUUGCCGCGACGAACCAAGCGUGGCACGACGUCGACCCAUGGUCGUUGGAGCGAAACUUCCUGACGCUGCAUUGCUGCUUUCGCGAGGUCAUCAUGUGCGCCGGAGACAACUCGUACAAGGUGCCACACAUGGGGAAAGCGGCACUCAAGAGGUCAGGGCUCCUACCAGAGACCGUCGCAUCUGGUUGCGAGGUGUUCGACGCAGGGUGUGCUUUGAUGAGCCAGCAUGCUCUUGAGAAGGUCAUGCACGACCUUGCCGUCGAAACAGCCGCCGAGUUGGAGAUGAUCGACAUCAUCUCGGCGUUUCGAUCAAUGACGAGGACGUCGAAGUAG